AUGUCAUUCGUGGUACCUAUUUCAGCCAAUAAGGGAACCGAUCCAGUUUCCAUAGCCGCUCGCCUCAAUGAGCGCUAUGCGAACCUCACGGCCCCACGUUUGAAAGAUGUCAUCAUCAAGAGGAAGUCGUUUUCGAAAACAUUCGUGCCAUCGCACACUGCAUUGGAGGACGAACAACAGGAGUACCUCGAGUUCGAGAAUGGUCUGCACACCGUUUCGAACUCCGACCAGGAGUUCGGUACCCAGAUUCAGGCGGAGGAGCAGCCGAAGCUCAAGUACGAUCUACCCAAUGAUUACAAGAGCACCAAGCUCUGCAUUUGCAUGCGUCCGCACACCUCGUACGAAUGCGAUCGAUGCCAUCAUUACAUCUACGGUCGCAUCUCUGAGAUUUGCGAGAAGCACCCCGAAGAGUUUUUCCUUAUGGACUUCCGCUCCUGUCCAUAUUGCAAGGCCCCAAUCGAGAUGAUUAUGAAGUCACCGAUCAGCUGGGAGACAAUACGCAAAAUUGAGGAGGAAGACCUGCCCAAUGAUGGGGAUCUAUAAUUAAGAGUUUGAGACUCAGCUUCAUGUUAACUUUAAUUACAUUAAUAAAUGUAGAAGUAAAUAUUA